GGAAAAGGAAAGGAAGGCAAACGGCGAACAGCAACAGCAACACUGACAAUGGUCUCCGCAGCUCGGAUGCUGUGUUUUUCCUGUAAUUUCGUCCUAUCCAAAUGAAUUGGUGAUGUAUUUCCCGCUGCGUUUCGCGUUCGUGGCCCUGUGCAUCACGAGCCAAGUGCAGGGUCUAAGUCUUCACUUGGACCAUGACGCUGAGAGCUCCAUGCUGGACACAGAGAAUGCAGCUCAGCUAUCUACCCCGGAAGAUGACAAGGUUCAGUCAGUUCCCAGUGCAGCCGUCAGUUUUGGAUUUUUGCAAGAAGGGAAGUCUGCGACACGGAACUGGAAUGGAGACAUUGAUGAGGACGAUGAAGAAGAGGAAGAGGAACAUAAUCUGGGAAGGAAGGAGGACUUAAAAGGAGGCUAUGUGGUGCCCAAAGGCAAGUUUGCUGGUGCGAAGCCUGAGGAUCUUGACCACUCUGGGAAACACAGUCAAAGAGGAAAGUAUACUUGUCUUCAGUGUGAAGAACCGGAUUGUCGACCACAGCCUCAAUGUGAGGGUGCUUCACAGUGUUACACUUCACGAGUGAGGGAACAUAAUGGUCAAGAACUUAUCAGCCGAGGCUGCAUUAAACCAAGUGAUCAAGUACCACUCAUGUGCUACACUGCGAGUUCAAGUCGGCAUGCUAUAAAUUGCUGUGGUGGUGAUAACUGUAACAAUGGUUCCUUCCCAGAACUUGAGCCUCUGAAAACUCUUGGCCAAGAAGAACCUGGUUAUGAUUUGAAGCUAGUUUUUGCCAUACUUGGCCCUGUGUUGCUUCUUUUCAUCGUUGGAUCAAUAGUGAUUUAUGUUAUGCGGCGAAGACAUCACAAGAUAGUUGAGGCUGCCAGAACAUUAGCAGACCCAGACCCAUUUUACGCUUCGGAGGACUUACUUCGUGCUACAGCUGCGGGAGAUUCUACUCUUAGGGAAUACUUGGAGCAUUCUUUGACAUCUGGCUCAGGAUCUGGUUUGCCAUUACUGAUUCAGCGGACCCUAGCAAAGCAAAUUUCACUUGCAGAAUGCAUUGGGAAAGGUCGCUAUGGUGAGGUGUGGCAAGGGUAUUGGCAUGGAGAAAGGGUUGCUGUAAAAAUUUUCUUUUCUCGUGAUGAGGCAUCUUGGAGCAGAGAAACUCAGAUUUACAGCACUGUGUUAAUUAGACAUGACAGCAUUCUUGGCUACAUUGGAUCAGAUAUGACUUCCCGAAAUUCAUGCACUCAACUAUGGCUGGUUACUCACUACCAUCAAUUGGGGUCACUUUAUGACCAUUUAAAUCGUGUAACCCUGACCAGUAAUCAAAUGAUGAAAAUUUGUUUGUCAACUAUCAAUGGACUUCUGCAUCUCCACACUGAAAUUUUUGGCACCCAGGGUAAACCAGCCAUAGCUCAUCGGGAUAUCAAAAGUAAAAAUAUUCUGGUGAAAGACAAUGGAUGCUGUGUUAUCGCAGACUUUGGUUUGGCUGUUACCCAUGUGCAAUCCACAGGGGAGUUGGAUGUUGCUCAAAACCCACGUGUGGGAACUAAACGAUAUAUGGCACCUGAAAUUUUGGAUGAAUCAAUCAAUAUGGAAUGUUUUGAAGCAUUCCAGAGAGCUGAUAUCUAUGCCUUUGGCCUAGUUCUUUGGGAAGUGUGCAGAAGAACCAAGUCCCAUGGUAUUGUAGAAGACUACCUUCCUCCAUUUGGGGACUCAGUUCCUUCUGACCCUAGUUUUGAGGACAUGAAGAAAGUGGUAUGCUCUGAUGGUCAGCGACCCACAAUUCCCAACCGGUGGUCUUAUGAUGAGACUCUAAUGGGCAUGGCAAAGCUCAUGAAGGAAUGCUGGCAUCAUAAAUCAGAUGCACGGUUAUCUGCAUUAAGAGUUAAAAAGACACUAGCUAAGCUUGCACCAACUGAUGUCUUCUUUCAUCUGGAUGAUUGAAAUGUGAACCAUACGACUGAAUGCCCUGACACUGCCAAUGUAGUGGUAGAAGUUGACUUUUCAAUUUUGGAACUUUGCACAGCUUUAGUCUGUGAUUGUCUUCCCCAUCCCUUUUCAUGGAGACUGAAGAAGAAUACUAGUGUGGUGCCACAUCUUUCAAUUUGGGGAAGAAUAGUGAUAAUUAGUUUGUAGCUUGUAGUACAACAUUUUACAAACAUAAAAUUAAUGCAUAUACAUAGACAUUGAGUUGAAUUAAUUUAUGAAGCCUUUUAAAGUAACUGUCUACUACUUAGUUUCUGGGAGUUAUAUAUGUAAUAUACUUCCUAGCUACAUCAUUGCUAUAUUUGGUUAAUGUAAAUGCUCAAUUGCCUUUUAGUACCUUUUGUAUGUUUUAAUUAAUUUUAAAAUUGUUAUAUUACUCUACAUCUAUUUUUAAAAUUUUGAUUUGUGAAUUUUAAAUGAGAGAGGUCGUACCCAUAAUUCAUGACCGAUUGGGGGAGAGAGGGGAGUUCUGGCCAAAUUCUACACGGUCUCUCAAAUACAUGGGAGGCCUAAAAUCGGCUACAUAAUAUGUAUACGGCUCCUUCCCUCUAGCUUUCUGCACAGAUUUGUAGCUCUUAACCCAUUCAGGGCUGAAACAAUAUUAUUGGGAAAUAAUUCAUUCUGUUACUUUCCAAAGAGACUGGAGUCAGGAUACGUAGUUGAACUUGCUCUUGACAAAUGCUAAACAAUAUUGGUCGUUUGCUGUGGUGGAUGGACUAUGAUUUCUCUGUCAGGCCCUUUGAUUGAAGUGCUAAGGCCUCUUCACUGGGCAUGCCACUGGGAUCUCGCAUAGGAGAGGUCAUCGUUGAUUCUCUUACCUGGAGUAGGGUCAUAAUUUGGUUUUUGUUAUGAGUGAGUUAAACUGAAGUUUACCUGCAUGCCUUGCCGUCCGUUUAUAUCCCUUAAGUUUGCUGUUUUGCUUAUUUGAUUGUACUGUAAUAUGAGUUACUUGUAGUCACUUUUGUGAGACAAGCUUGCUCUGUUAACUAUUUUUAACUACAAUAAUGGGCAACCAUCUUUUAAAAAAUAACUCCAACUUAAUCUUGAAGUAGUGAAUUUGUAAAUAUUAUUUUUAAUACGCUACAUUUAGGAUAUUUUUGAAUGAAACAUGUUUUUGUUCUGAGAUGCGGUUGUACUUUUUCAUCAGUACUUCGGUUAAGACGAAGUUCGUCAUCAUACAAAGUGUACAUGUUAUUUUUUACCAUGUGUUGAUGGUAUGAAAUGUUGUGAAAGAACUGUUUGUACUAACUUCAGCACAGAUCAGGUUAGCUCUGUAUUCUGAAUAUGCCAAAGUGGCUUUGCUUCUUUUUUCCA